UGAAGUUAAUUGUUCGUUAAAUCGUCUCUCUCUGAUCUCUCCAAUCGCAUCAUCUCCCCCAUUUUUCUCCUUCGACCCGACGUUGAAUUCCCAUAAAUUUCCCCCCAAUUGAUUACAAAUUGCCAAUUAUGAGUUCUGUUUGAGCUGAUUGCGUCGCGAGUUUGGAGCUAAAGAUACCGGUGGACGGUGAUAUUGAUGGAGUAAUGUGGUGAUCUAGGGUUUGGAGAAGGGGCAUAAGAAAUGGCGGGAGUAGGUAUGGAGAAAUUCGAGGAGUACUUCCAGAAGGCGGAUGCGGAUCGCGAUGGCCGGAUCAGUGGAGCUGAGGCGGUGAAUUUUCUGCAGGGAUCCAAUUUACCCAGACAAGUCCUUGCGCAGAUAUGGAUGUAUGCUGACCAAAAUGGCAUUGGUUUUCUCAGUCGUCCUGAGUUUUAUAAUGCUCUUAAGCUUGUUACAGUGGCUCAAAGCAAGCGAGAAUUAACAAGAGAUAUUGUUAAGGCAGCCUUAUAUACUCCGGCUUCUGCCAAAAUCCCACCCCCCCAAAUAAAUGUACCCGCUACACCUGGACCACACCCAAGCCCAGUGGGUGCUUCACCUUUGACACAGGUCGGUGCAACUCCCCAGCCAUCUUCUCAAAAUUUUGGAUUCAGAGGACCUGCUCCUCCUACUUCAAGCUUUAACCAGCAAUCUGGAACAGUUCUGUCAACUUCAGGCAUGAACCAACAGCUUAGACCGGUGCCUUCUUCUACUGGCAUGAACCAGCAGUUUGGGAUGGUACCUUCAAGUGUGGGAGUGAACCAACACUCCGGAACAGUUCUGUCAACUUCAGGCAUGAACCAACAACUUAGACCAGUGCCUUCUCCUACUGGCAUGAACCAACAGUUUGGGAUGGGACCUACAAGUGUGGGAGUGAACCAACAGCUUUUACAGGGACAGCCCGCCAGUCUGAACCAUCAGUAUGGCCAGGUUCCCCCAAAUACAAAUGUGAACCAACAAUUUUUCCCCUCACAAGGUAGUCAGGUGAGACCUCCUAUAUCCAUGCCUACUGGUCCUGCUUCACGUCCACCUCAGGCGGCUAGUGGUCCAUAUAUUUCUGGAGGCAUGACUGGAAUUGGCCUACCAAACACAAAUAAUGGUUUGUCAGUUGGGUCUUCCGUUGGACCUGCUACACAAGUUUCAGAUAGAGGAGUUAAUCCAUCCAUAUCAUCAGUUGCUCCAAAUUCCCAAGACCCACUUGCAUCCUUCUCAGGUGCCAAGGAUCCUAAAGCAUUACAUUCAGGUAUUGGGCCUACUUCUGCCAUGUUUUCUAGUGACCUGUUCUCUGCAAAUCAGUCUUCAUCCCAAAAAGUUUAUUCUGCUCCGCAACAACCUACAAGUAGCCUGCCUACAUCUUCUGCUGUUGACCCUGUUAGUUCGAGUGCCCAGACUUCGGCUAAGCCUGAUCCCUUUGAAGCUUUACAUAGCACUCUCAGAAAACCACCUGCUGCAGUUCCGGCUGCACAGACACAGUAUGUCCCCAAGCCUAAUCAGCAGGCUCCAACUCAAGUUACCUCCUCAGGCUUGACACCUGUAUCCCUAACAGGUAUGGGGAAUGCAAUGUCAGAGCCCUCACAGAUUUCAUGGCCAAAAAUGACACGAGCUGACAUUCAAAAGUAUGCAAAAGUUUUUAUGGAAGUAGACACUGAUAGAGAUGGGAAAAUUACUGGUGAUCAGGCACGCAACCUAUUCUUGGGUUGGAGACUGCCAAGAGAGGUCUUAAAGCAGAUUUGGGAUCUAUCAGAUCAAGAUAGUGAUAGCAUGCUUUCUUUAAGGGAGUUCUGUGUUGCACUCUAUUUGAUGGAGCGGUACAGGGAAGGAAAGCCUCUUCCAUCUGUGAUCCCAAAUAGUGUCAUGCUCGACGAAACUUUAGUAACUUUGGCAGGUCCACCUACAGCUUAUGGUGGUAUGACAUGGAAUCCUGCUUCAGGAAUAAGACCACAGCAGGGCUUGCCUGGUGCUCAACCAGUUACGCAUGCUGGUUUAAGACCACCAUUGCAGCCAGUAGUCUCUCAGGCUGAUGGAUCAAGGCAAUAUAAUCAGAAUGCUGGAGGUCGUACAUUAGAUAAUUCACAUGGAAAUCAACACAGUAAUGGGCUGGUCAAUGCUUUGGAUGUUGGGGGUCAGGAAGCAGCAGAAACUACUGAAAAGGUUGACAACAAGGAGAAUGUGCUUUUGGAUUCCAGAGAGAAGCUUGAAUACUAUCGAACAAAAAUGCAAGACCUUGUUUUGUACAAAAGUAGAUGUGAUAAUCGACUUAAUGAAAUCACAGAAAGGGCUAGAGCUGACAAGGGCGAGGCUGAGUUGCUGGAGAAGAAAUAUCAAGAAAAAUACAAACAAGUUGCAGAAAUUCAUUCAAAGUUAACUAUUGAAGAGGCUUCCUUUCGUGACAUUCAGGAACGGAAGAUGGAGUUACAACAAGCAAUUACCAAAAUGGAACAAGGUGGAAGUGCUGAUGGUAUUCUUCAGGUGCGUGCUGAUCGUAUACAAUCCGAUCUUGAGGAACUAUUAAAAGCAUUGGCUGAACGUUGCAAGAAACAUUCUGUAGAAGUCAAGUCUGCGGCAAUAAUUGAGCUUCCCCAAGGUUGGCAACCUGGGAUCCCAGAGAUAGCAGCGGUAUGGGAUGAAGAUUGGGACAAGUUUGAUGAUGAAGGAUUUUCUUUUGAUGUUGCCCUUCCUGAAAAGGGCAAGCCAGCAUCUGUUGAGAGAGAAAAAUCUUCUCCAACCCAUAGCUAUUCCCCCCCUGAUUCACCGUCCAAUGCUUCCGAGCCUGAGAAACCCUUUGUUGCCGGGCCUAGUGCCUUUGAUGCAGAAUCAGUUUUCAGUGCAGAUGAGUCAAAGAGUCCACGUGGAAGUCCAGAGGGGCCAACAUCAUAUGAAAGUCCGUCUAAAGAAUACUCAGAGGGUCAUUUCAGAAAAAGCUCUGAUGGAGAUGCUGAAACCAACAGAGGCUUUGAUGAACCUUCUUGGGGUGAUUUUGAUAACAAUGAUGAUAUUGAUUCAGUGUGGGGCUUCAAUACUAAGGAUCCGGACGGUGCAAAGAACGACGAAAAAUAUUUCUUCGGUUCUAAUGAUUUUGGUGCAAGUUCAGAAAGAAGCAUCUCUCCUCAUGUAGAAAGUGCCUUCCCAAAGAGUAACCUGUUUUUUGAGGAUUCUGUUCCCAGCACCCCACUUACGAGGGCUGGUGAUUCUCCAAGUUACGGCAAUGAUCCAAGAGACCCGUUCGAGAGUUUCUCAAGGUAUGAUUCGUUCAGCACACACGAUCAUACCUCAUCUCCCCAUGGAGAGACCUAUGGUCGGUUUGACUCCAUAAGUAGCUCGAGGGGCUUUGACCACAGCAGCAAUUAUUCAUUUGAUGACUCCGACCCCUUCGGUUCUAGUGGCCCGUUUAAGGUCUCUUCAGAUACCAGUAAAGAAAAAUUCUAGACGAUUCGGGACUGUACACGUGAAAUUACACAAAACAGCAGCAGCAUUAAGAUUUUAUCUGCGUUUGAUCACUGCAGAAAUCAGCAAAGUUUUGUGGUAUGAUAUUGCUCCAGAAAGAAGAUAGUAGAACGACAGGCACAUGCGCGUUCUGCUUCUCGCAUACGGUGUAAAAGAUGAUCACAAGAUGCAGGAACGCAACAUUUGAAGAUUUCUUGGGAAAUUUUCGUUGUCGCCCUUUCCUGCUGAAGACGAGCUGCUUGUAUUCUUUUCAUUAUAUUUCCCCAAGUAUUGUUUCUUUUACUUCUGUUUUGGGAUUCUUGUUUCUUUUUACUUUUGUUAAUUCCAUCUGUGUUGUUCUUUGGGGUUUGGGAUGUGUGUGAAUGUACAAGAAAUUAUCUAAUACUAUGUUGUAAUUGAUGACUGAAAACAUGAUGUAUUCCUUUGUAAUCUAUAUUCUGAUGAUGUGCUGAAUUUGGUAUGGUAA